UCAUAAUUUUUUCAGAUAAAAUGUCUGACGAUGAUCGUGGCGGAGUUUCCGGAAAAGAGAAGGAUUUGGCGGCGGAGGCUUUGGUUCAUUUUAACAAUAACGAGUACAGCUCCUGUCUCGCCUCCUUGGAGCAGCUAGAGAUUCUCCGUCCGUCCGACGUGAAGCUGGCUCAUAAUAAGAUAGUUGCUCAAUGUCGCGCUGAGGGGAGUCCUGUGCAGCUGACGGAGGUUCAGCAGCAAUUGGAGGGAUUGGCCAAAACAGCAGGAGUAGAUGUGUCUGGAGUAAGUAAAGAUGAUGAAGGAGAGUGGGGAGUUCUAACUUACAACCUGGCUGUUUGUAAAUUCCAGCAGAGACAUAUUCUUCAGGCGUCCCAGCUUGCUUCCCGUCUUCUCCCCACAGCAACAACUAAACCAAUGUUUGCUAAACGAAGUCUGUUUCUCAACGCAGAACUUUCUCUUGCUCUCAGACAACCUGAACAGGCAGCAAAAUAUGCUAAUAUGCUUCAACCUCUAGUAGAAGGAAACGACGAGGAAUGUUCAAGACUGAUGAUUUUAAAAGCAAGAUGUCAAGUAUUGAAUCGUCAAAUUAAAUCUUUAAAGAAAGAAUUAAAGUCUGUGAGUCUUCCAGGAAAUGUUGGUUUAACCUGCGAGUUUGUCCGAUCUCACAUAGAAUACCAUUGCGGAAACUUUAGGAAAUCAAUCAAGAUGCUGAAUUCAGCAGUUCAAGCUGCUGGCAACAGGGUCUUCCCGCACUAUUAUAAUAAUCUAGGCUGUAUCCAUCAGAAUAUGAAGAAACCCAACCUAGCAGUUUACUAUUUCAAGAAUGCCCUGGAACGGUUGGAAUCCAACCAGGGCGGAACUUCUAUACCAAACCAAGCUGACGGUGGCAAGGAGUCAACUAGUUGGAUAGCUCAGUCUCAGGUUCUUUAUAACAUCAGCCUUGCCCUACUUCAUGCUAAACGACCACACAUAGCGUUCGAUUUGUUAUUAGACGUGGUAGCGUCUCAUUAUCUGGAUCCAAGUGUCUGGUUUCAUCUGGCAGAGUGUUGUAUCCAGCAUAAUCAACCAGACAAUGAUAAACAUUUCAGUGGGACUGAUAGAGCAGAGCAGGUGUCUAGCGGAGGGGUUGGAGCUGGAGCCAUGCACAAGAUUAUAGCAUCUAAUCCAAGCAAUACUGUUUCUAAUACACCUGGUACCGUUCCUGUCCUUUCCUUGGACUUUGCUUACGUUUGCCUAAAGAACGCGGAAUCAUUGCUACCUGAGGUUGAAGGGGAUAUUGAGAACUGGGGAUUCUGUUGUGGAAUAGGAUAUAUAGGAAACCCUAUGAGCAGAACGGAUAUAGAACAGCUAAAGAUAUCAAUCCUCUCCGCUAAAUCCUACGUUGCCCUAGCUGUCGGAGAUUUUGUGCAAGCGGGACGAUACGCGGAGUCCUUGCUAGAGCUUCCUAACCUCCCCGGAGCUUACAAGAUGUUAGCGCAUCUUUACGCGGCAGAGUCCUUGAUUUUACAGGAUAAAAUAAGCGCUGCCAUUAAACAUUUAGAUCCGGGAAAUAUUUGUGAUGUAAACGUGAACUUUGGUAAUGAUUCUCGAACCUCAGUUGGCUGGAGUCCGAGUGAUCUAUCGGAGGCUCGCUCGUAUAUUCAAUACAACCUGGCUGUAGGGUUCGCGCUCCGAGAGGAGUGGGAGAAAGCGGAUUGUUUGGUUGGACCCUUGUAUAACAGAAACAGCGAGAUAACUGUUCAAGUUCUACUCCUAAACCUAUAUAUUGCGCUAAGACAGGGAGAUUCAGAACGUGCUGUUCAGCUUGUCAGGGAUAGAUGUCCAGCCGCAGAUUAUUCACAAGAUCAUCAAGAUUUCUCAAAUUUUCCCAAAUAAAUUUAUAUUUUUAUUAUUUUCUAUUAAAAAAUGCGUGAAUA